GAGCUCCGUCUAGGAUUUUGUUCUCUCAAUAAUUAAUUUCCAUGUGCAUAAGGCCCCGUUGGUCUAAUCAAAUCAAAGGUUAGGGAAACCAUGCCAUCUCAGACGAGAAUUAGAGGUGGUCCAUUGUUAGAAAACAGUUCAUCUGAAUAGUAAUGUAUACCGGUUCUGAAAACUGUGUAUAUCUACCGAUAGGUUCACCUUACAUUUUGCCCAGUGUAAUUAGUUUACCUUAUAAUUUACCAAAAAGGAAUAAUUUUUCCCUUUCCGUUAAUACCAUCUCUAUACUAGUGGGAAGAAAAUCUGCCUGGAACUCUGAGAGUCGUCUUUUCAGUUUACAAGUUUCGAAUUGAUGCUGUAUCUUUUUUGAGUGUAUUGACCCAGCUUGAGGUAUGCUUGAAGUUGGAAAGAAGAAACGCACAAUAAAAGGUCAUGCAGUGUACCAGAAAUUCAGUUGACUACAGAAUCCACCAUACACACGAGAUGCCAUACACGUCCUUGUCUGAGUAGGGAUGGCAAUUUGAUUUAUGGAUUUCGAUAUCCAUCUGUUAUCCAACCUGACGGAUAUGGGCAUGGAUAUAUUUUUUUGACUCAUGGGGUAGUUCCAUGUCAUACCCGAAGUCGGACGGGCACGGAUUCAGACAUUACUUCCCACCUGUGAGUUGCCCGUUCGAUAUCCCAAAUUGAUCCAUAACUUUAUUUAAGACUCUCACUGGUUAUAUUACACUUACACAUCAAAGAGCAUACCCUAGUCCCUAAGCGUGUCAGACUUGAGACUCCCACCGGCCACCACCCAUCGCUCCUAGGCUAGCCACCACCCCUCCCCUAGUUUGAGCUUAGGACCAGUUUUCAGUGAUGUUUUCUGUAAAUUUGAGCAGACCACAAUUUUUUCAGUGAUGUUUUUUUUUUUCAAUCUGAGCAGACCACAAUUUUUCAGUGAUGUUUUUUGGUUCAAUCUGAGCAGAUCUCAAUUUCUCAGUGAUGUUUUUUGGUUCAAUCUGAGCAGAGUACAAUUUUUCAGUGAUGUUACCAAGCCAGUUUGGAGGAACAUCAUUAGAUGUAGCAACCCUGGCUUGUUUUUUUCAAUCUGAGCAGAGUACAAUUUUUUUUCUCAUUCAACAAUUCUCUUAUCUUAUUUAUUCAGAUAUGUUGGGUCCAAAUCGUCAUUUGCUGAAGUUGAGAGUAUCGACAUUGGUUGUUGCUAUAUCUUGUUGGUUGUUUGCAUGCCUUACGCGUAGACUCUUUCAUCCUCGUGUCACAUAUGGUCCAAUGUUUCAAAGGGACAUUGAGAGGCAGGCAAAUCUUAGAUUUAUCUAUGAAUCUGAUGAUAUCCAAUGUGUGGAUCUGCUUAGAAUGUCUAAGGUCCCUUUCUUUGAGCUUUGUGGUUUGUUUCGGUCUCGACACUUGCUAAGGGAUAGUAUUCACAGUUCUGUAGAAGAACAAGUUGCAAUGUUUCUACAUGUUGUUGGUCAUAAUCAAAGGUUUAGAGUUCUCAAAUUCACCUUCCGAAGAUCUACUGAGACUAUUAAUAGAUAUUUUCACGAGGUGUUAAGUGCAAUUGGUGAGCUACGCACUGAGAUGAUCACCCCUCCUUCCACCUCUGUCCAUCCCAAAAUUCAUGUUAGUAGAAGAUGGUACUCGUACUUCAAGGAUUGCGUUGGUGCCAUUGAUGGCACACAUGUAUUGGCUAGGGUUCCUAGUUCAAUGAGAGAAGCCUUCAUGGGUAGAAAGCACACAAUGACACAAAAUGUUCUAGCAGCUGUUGAUUUUGAUUUGAGAUUUACCUAUGUUCUUGCUGGCUGGGAAGGUUUAGCUCAUGAUGCCUUAAUUCUAUCGGAUGCAUUGGAAAGAUCUGAUGGCCUCAUCGUGCCACCAGGAAAAUUCUAUUUAGUUGACGUUGGUUAUGCUGUUAGACCUGGAUUUCUACCUCCAUACCGUAGCACAAGAUAUCAUCUAAGAGAAUUUGGUGGAGGAAAUCAUCCACUCAAUCCAAGAGAACUCUUCAAUCUAAGGCAUUCUUCCCUCCGAGUAACAAUUAAGAGAGUUUUCGGUGCCUUGAAGAAUAGAUUCAAGAUUCUAUACAACAAGCCUUUUCAUCCAUAUCCGACACAAGUUAAGCUUGUGUUAGCAUGCACCAUCCUUCACAACUGGAUUCUUAGAUAUGGGCUGGAUUCACAUUUUCCAUCGGAAAACACUUGGGCUCCAAACAUUGCUAAUGUGGAAGGUGCCAUUGAUGCAGAUCAUGAUAACCAAACUUGGACCCAACAAAAAGAUGUUAUAUCUACUCAAAUGUGGCAGCAUAGGGGGUCUAGCCGUGUGUAAUUUCUUUGUGGUUUUAUUCUAAGAAACAUUGUACUCUGCAGUGAUGUUUUUUGUUAUCAGCCUUACAAUCUGAGAAACAUUGUACUCUGCAGUGAUGUUUUUUGUUACCAGCCUUACAAUCUGAGAAACAUUGUACUCUGCAGUGAUGUUUUUUGUUAUCAGCCUUACCAAUCUGAGAAACAUUGUACUCUGCAGUGAUGUUUUUUGUGGAACUUAAUUAUUUUUAUAUGCUGAGAGAAAUUGUGAUAUGCAGUUAUGUUUUUUGUUUGUUGUCUUGAAAC